AUGAGGGCUGGUGUUGAUGUCUUUGCUCUUGACUAUGAUGCUAUUAUUGCUGCCAUGUAUGCAUUGACUGUUAGUGCCGAGGGAGACUGUUACUUGUGUGUGCCGCCUGACCCAGGUAUAGAGCCCGCUGCCCUGGGUACUAGUGAGUCUGCUCUCUCUGGUAUGGUGCCCCCUGUACUUGCUCCCCCCAGUGCUGUCCCGGCUGGUUUCGAGUCUGCUCUCUCAGGUACAGCACCCACAGAGACUGCUCUCUCAGGUACUGCACCGGCUGAGGCCUGUCACACCUUCACCCUUGACUCAGGUGCUUCCCGUUGCUUCUUCCGUGACAGUACUGAGCUCACACCGCUUCCUGCACCGGUCCCAGUCUCCUUGGCUGACCCCUCUGGGGGCCCAGUCCUUGCCCAGUCCACCACUGUCCUCCCUUGUCCGGCGGUUCCGUCUGGCUCGUUGUCGGGUUUCCACCUCCCCUCGUUCUCGACGAACCUGGUGAGCAACGCUGUCCUCCAGGAUCAGUGGGUUGACACCUUUACCCCUGGCGGACAGCGUGUGGCGAUCUGCACGUGCUCCAGGACCGGCCGUCACCUGGCUACGUUUACCCGUCGGCCGGGGUCGAGUCUCUACACACUGACCACUGCGUCUCCUCAGGUAGCUGCUGUCGGUCAGGUGUCUGCGUCAGGUCUGGUAGCCCACGCCUGUGAGUGUCGUUCCCUGUCGCACCAGACUCUUCUCUGGCACCACCGCCUGGGUCACCCCUCCUUGCCACGCCUUCGUGGCAUGCACCGUCGCCACCUUGUGUCCGGUCUUCCCAGGUCCCUCCCUCCCCUCCCUGCCUCGCCUGCGCCGCCUUGCCUUCCUUGCGUCGAGGGGCGGCAGCGCGCCGCUCCUCACUCCUCCUCGUUCCCCCCGACAGAGGCUCCUCUGCAGACCCUCCACCUGGACGUGUGGGGCCCAGCCCGCGUUCGUGGUCAGGGCGGUGAGCGGUACUUUUUGCUGGUUGUCGACGACUACUCGCGUUACACCACGGUCUUCCCCUUGCGCACCAAGGGUGAGGUCCCUGCUGUUCUGAUCCCUUGGAUCCGCACGGUUCGUCUCCAGCUCCGCCGCCGUUUCCGGACGGAUCUUCCUGUCCUGCGUCUGCACUCUGACAGAGGUGGUGAGUUUUCCUCCGAUCUCUUGAGGACCUUCUGUCAGGCGGAGGGCAUCGAGCAGACCUUCACGCUUCCGGACUCCCCACAGCAGAAUGGGGUUGCUGAGCGCCGCAUUGGCCUGGUCAUGGAGGUCGCUCGUACCUCCUUGGUCCACGCGGCGGCUCCCCAUUUUCUGUGGCCGUUUGCUGUCCGGUACGCCGCGCAUCAGCUCAACCUCUGGCCCCGUGUCUCCUUACCGGAGACCUCGCCCACACUGCGUUGGACGGGGGAGGUUGGCGAUGCGUCGCGCUUCCGGGUGUGGGGUGCUCGUGCCCUUGUCCGCGAUACGUCUGCGGACAAGCUCUCCUCCCGCACGCUUCCCUGUGUCUUCCUUGGCUUUGUCCCUGACGCGCCUGGCUGGCAGUUUUACCACCCCACCUCGCGCCGGGUCUUCGCCUCUCAGGAUGUCACCUUUGACGAGUCGGUCCCUUUUUACCGUCUCUUCCCCUACCGCACUGCCCCCCUCCCUCCCCCGCCGCUUUUCCUUGCUCCUGGUCCCCCUCCGGUAGACCCCCUUCCCCCUCAGGGUCCUGCUCCUUCAGGUGUCUCUCAGGUAGACCCUCCUCCCGUCGCUGAGCCUGUCGAGUGUUAA